UCUUCCCCUACAGGUAUAAAAGCAUGCUUCGCCCGCCAUGAUGCCCCCAUCACUAGCCCUCCCCGUGCAGCAACUCGACAUCCGUCUUCCAGUCUAUGUCCGCCACUCAGUACAUGCAGUACGACUCAGACCAGGGCGUGUAUACGUCCUCCGCGCCCGGCCUACUGCUGUCUGCGGAACCCUUGCUGUGUGGGCACGACAGCCUCCCUAGAGAUUGUGACGGCUUCGCGUACGGCAACUGGAGCGCAGACGAGUUCCUACCCUACCCGGACGUAGGCCUCGAUCCCUUGAUGGACAAACUUCGUGGACCCUCCGAUAUCUUGACUCCAUACCUUGAUCUAUCGCACCUGGAUGCGGAAGCGGCGCUGCAUUUGGCAGACGACAUCCACCCCUUAGUCGAGGGCAGCUCUACUUGGGACUAUCCCCUCUCGACUAGUACUUGGCCUCUAGCAUUGCAGAGCGCGAUUGCCGCCGAACCGCCUAUAUUUCCAGCAUGUGCUCCCGACGAGGGGCCAUCGAACACAAGCCUCAACAGGAGUUCGACAACCCACACAGUACCGGCCACCUCUUUCGCAUCCUCUUCACUGCAAUGGCUGGCCCCUUCCUCGUCCGGAUCACCUUCAGAGGUGUUUCACAGUGCCGAUUACACUUCGACGUCGUUACCCGUUGCCGCCAACGAAACAUCUGCCCCCUCUGACCGCUCCCGCUCCUCGAAGCGACGCUCGAGGAUAAACAAAAGCUGCAACCGCCACGGACAUGCCGACCUUAUCACCCCAGGCACCGUUCCCUCUCACGCUUCCUCGUUUGCAGGCGGAGUACGCAGGACGUCUCCCCGGAACAAGCAAGUUGGCUUCGUUCCUUACGCGCGCAUCGAUAUGCGCGAAGGGUCCGGGUUCAUCUGCCUGCACUGCGAGCCCGACCGCCCGUUCUCUACACAACGGAAGGGCGACUUGAAGCGCCAUGUACUCACCCAUUUCGCGCAUAGUCGCGGCCAGGAGUUGAUCUGCUGUGGGGUGCCCGAAGAAGAUGCACCUGAGCUUGUCGGAGAACGCUACGAGCAUGGGGGCCGGAGGAUGGUCGGAGGAUGCUUGAAAACCUUCAGCAGGCGCGACUCGUUCCUCCGACAUUUGAGGAAGGCUAGGUGCUUGAGGCCGGCGCAUAUGUAGACGGAGGGCUCGACAGAGGUACUGACGGACGACCUCACGAGCAUUGACUGCCAUAUGUAACUUAUUGAUACCCUGCGAUUCUGUAACUUGUCUGCCAGCGACAUGUCUUUGCCUAUGUGCGUACUGGGAAUGUUCAUCUGGUUCACGAG